CAAAAUUUAUUUUUAAAAAAUUCAUUUCCGUUUUGAGGACUAAUAUUGGUUAGCAAAGUGCUUUCUUUUCUACAUAUAGGAGGUCCAAAAUUAGGUAUUUCAUUCAUGAAGCUGGCAUAUUUAAGCUUAGAAGGAGAUUAUGAUUAGAUGAUUUGAUCAUUUGAUAUUUACAUUCGGGUUUAACCUCAACAAAUUGAGAUUUUGGUGGGACUGAGCAAAAGAAGAACAAGAUUUAAAUCUACCCCACAUGGGCUCCUCUAUUAUAUAGGAACCAAAAGGGGUAGGAAGUAUAUAUGCAUCUCUAUCUAAAUAGAGAGAAGACAAAAUGGAACAACCGUGGAGGGUUCACCCGAUGUGGCCACCUCAUUUAAUGAGUAUCACCAACGUUAGCUAGCUGCAUAGCUAGGGGUUUUCAGUUUUGAUGGGGAUCAUGGAGUGCUGUUGGGUGUUGUUGAUGUGUUUGGUUAUGGGGUUCUUUUGGUAUAAGAAGAAGAUUGAAAAGAAGAGUAGAGUUCCAAAAGGGAGCUUAGGUUGGCCAUUGAUAGGAGAAAGUCUUGAUUUCAUUGCUGCUGGUUACUCCUCUCAACCUGUCAGUUUCAUGGACAAACGCAAACUUCUGUACGGGAAGGUGUUCAAGACGCACAUCCUGGGAACUCCGAUCAUCGUGUCCACCGAUCCUGACGUGAACAAAGUGGUGCUACAGAACCACGGCAACAUUUUCGUCCCUGCAUAUCCCAAAUCCAUCAGAGAGUUGCUCGGGGAACACUCUAUCCUCCAGACUAAUGGAAGCCUUCACCGGAGAGUCCAUGCUCUCAUUGGAGGCUUUCUCCGGUCACCACAGCUCAAAGCUCGAAUCACAAGAGACAUUGAAAACUCUGUCAAAUUCACCUUGGCUUCUUGGCAAGACAUGAACCCUGUUCUUGUCCAAGAACAAACCAAAUCGAUCACAUUCCAAGUUUUGGUCAAAGUGUUACUAAGUGUCGGCCCCGGUGAAGAUCUAAACUUGCUGAAAAGAGAAUUUGAAGAAUUCAUCAAGGGUUUAAUCUGCUUACCCAUCAAACUCCCCGGAACCAGACUUCAUAAAUCCUUGAAGGCAAAAGAAAGGUUACUUGCAAUGGUGAGGAAGGUUGUGGAGGAGAGAAGAUUGGCGAUGGACAAAUUGGACGAAGAUCAGAAGGGUGUAGUGAAUGAUGCGGUGGACGUGCUUCUACGUGAUAAUGGGGAGGCAAAUGAGAAGCAAUCCCUGACGUUGGACUUGAUCAGCGGGAACAUCAUCGAGAUGAUGAUCCCAGGAGAAGAGACUGUGCCCACUGCUAUGACCGUAGCGGUGUAUUUCCUUAGUCACUGCCCCACCGCCCUAAACCACCUCAUGGAGGAGAACAUGGAACUAAAGAUGGCCAAGGUGAACUCUGGAGAAGAUUAUAGUUGGACUGACUACAUGUCCUUGCCAUUCACUCAAAAUGUGAUUAGUGAAACUCUAAGGAUGGCAAACAUUGUCAAUGCUGUUUGGAGGAAAACCCAGAGAGACAUAGAGAUUAAAGGAUAUUUGAUACCAAGAGGUUGGUGUGUCUUGGCAUCUUUUACCUCUGUUCACAUGGAUGACCAAAUUUAUCAAAACCCAUAUCAUUUUGAUCCAUGGAGAUGGGAGAAACUUGGAGCUACUGUUAACAAGAUUAACUUUACUCCUUUUGGAGGAGGACAGAGGCUCUGCCCAGGCUUAGAACUAUCAAGGCUUGAGAUUUCAAUCUUCCUUCAUCAUCUAGUCACUCGUUAUCGAUGGGUUGCUCAAGAGGACAGCAUUGUCUACUUCCCUAUGGUGAAGAUGAAGCGAAAGAUGCCCAUCACGGUCACACCCAUGUAGUGCACCAACCAUUAGAUUGGUCCAAUCAGGAAAACAUGGUAAACAUGUACCAAAGAAAAUAUCUUAACCAUAUAAUUGAGGCAGCAGGGAUAUGUAUAACUAGACAGACCCAUGAAGUGGGAACCCCACCACAGCAAGAGCCAUCAAAAUGGCAUUUGUACAGCAGCAACUUUCUUAAUGGGAAAAACAGAUGGGACUCAACAUCAUGGUGUUAGUUCUGCCGUCGUUAUCCUUUUGUUCAUGGAGGUAGUUUUGAGUCAUUACUAGUCAUUUUCAGUCCUUCCAAAUUGAAUACACGUGGGGAUGAUUGAAUCAAACUUGCAGUCAGAU